AUGACCAAAAAGAAGACUCAAGCAAAGAAAAAGCAGGCUCAGGCUGCUGCCGCCAAUGCAAAUGGCAUAAAGUAUGGUUUAAUUCGCUUCAUUCACUUGCAAUUGACCGCCAUCUCAUCCUUGAUUAGCAAAAAUCCACCUCCUCCCGAGCCUAGUCCUUCCUCACCCUCCAUCCCCAAGCCUGAGGGCCCUUGUGCAGAUGACGUAAAAGAGCAAGGUAAUGUAGCCUUCAAAGCAAAACAAUAUACAGAAGCUAUCGAGCUAUAUACCAAAGCUAUCGAUAUCAAACCAACAGAACCAGCAUAUUUCACUAAUCGCGCAGCCUCCUAUAUGGCUUUGAAGCGUUUCCGUCCCGCACUAUCAGACUGCCAACAAGCAGCUACACUCCAAUCCUCAGAACCAUCAUCAAAGACUCUCAUCCGUCUCGCACGUUGUCAAUUCGCACUCGGUUUAUCAGAGCCUGCAUUAACAACACUACGCUCGGUCCUCGAUCUUGAACCUACAAAUCUUGCUGCUGCACAACUGAGGGACAAAGUCCUCGAACUAGAAGCUCACUUGCGUACCUUUACCUCUUCCCGCACACGCAAGGAAUGGGGCAUGGCACGCCUUGCGUUAGAUAAAUGUCUACAAAGCAUCGAGGCUGAGGGAGGCGAGAUACCAACUCAGUGGCGGCUAUGGAAAGUCGAACUCGAGCUCUCUAGAGGGAACUGGGAUGCUGCCAACAUUGCUGCAAACGAUGCUCUUCGAUUAGAACCCAACUCACCAGAAGUACUCACACACCGUGGUCUCGUGCUCUUCCUCAGUGGCAAGCUAUCCCAAGCACUACAACACGUGGCUUCGGCGCUUCGCCUCGAUCCUGGACACGAGCCUGCCCACCGCCUGCGCAAGCGCGUAAAAGACGUAGAGCGUCUUAAGGAGGAGGGAAACACUGCCUUCAAAGGUAGCAGACUCCAAGACGCAAUCGCACGAUACACAGAAGCGCUCGAUCGAAUAGGCGAAAUCGAAGAAGAAGGCAAAGGCGGACAGAUCCGCGCUACCCUUCUCUCAAAUCGCGCUACGACUCUCGUAAAGCUUGACAAAUACGAAGAAGCACUCCUAGACACAGAAGCUUCUCUCACACUUUACUCCACCUCCUUCAAAGCCCUCCGCACGCGCGCGCGCAUCAACCUCCAUCUCGAGAAAUAUGAUGCUGCAAUCGCCGAUUUCAGAGCGUCGAUGGAACAAGCAGAGUUUGAGGGUGUAGACGCCGAUGUUAGGGCGCUGAGGAGCGAACUUAAGAAAGCGGAGGCUGCACUCAAGAGGAGUAAGACGAAGGAUUAUUAUAACAUCCUCGGCAUUGCGAGAGACUGCAACGAACUCGACAUCAAGAAAGCAUACAGACGCGAAAGCCUCAAACAUCACCCAGACAAAGGAGGCGACGAAGAGAAAUUCAAACUGGUAGUAGAAGCACACGCAGUCCUCAGCGACCCCCAACGCCGCGAACGCUAUGACAUGGGCGAGGACGAGGAUGGACAGACGGAGGGUGGGAUGGGUGGCGCUGGGGCGUUUAAUACGGCUGAUUUGGCCGAGAUAUUUAGUCAGUUUCAGGGUGGGUUUAGUGGGGGGCCGUUUGGCGGCGCAGGAGGAGGAGGAGGAGGAGGGUUUGGCGGAGGGCAAGGGGCUAGUUUCCAUUUUCAUUCGGGGAGGCCGCAUGACUUUCAUUGAGUGGUUCCAUUAUAUGAGAAUGUUUUUCGUAUUGUUGGAUUUCGUCGGACUUAAAUUUGUGAGAUAUAUCGCGCUAGCACUGCGAGCUCCGCGGGACUGAUCAGAUUUCUUGGACAAAAAUAUCGUUUGAGUGGCAACACUGCUUAAACUUGAA